AUGAUUCGCGAGAAACUCGAUUCCGAGCUACAGAAAGAAGUGAGGCGUUACUACGAGUAUAAUUGGGAGAAGAUGGGCGGCAUUGACUAUCGAGGAGUUUUGAAGCUGUGCGACCAGAUCACGUUGCGGACUGACGCUAUCUUGCAUAUCUAUGGACCUACUUUUGCAAAGUGUCCAAUAUUAGUAGAUGCAGAUGUAUCGUUACUCCGUAUCUUGGGCCGGGCAGUUCGUAGCGUGUACUUCCUUCGUGAUAUGAAAAUCCUGGAGAUAGACGAUAUAACCACUGAACUGUACUUCGUGGACUAUGGAGGAGUGGAGAUCAGGGUUCCCAUGGAAGACACGAAUUCUAUUUUGCGUUUACCAAGGGGCAGUGUAUUUGGUAACUUGGGGAACAUGCCCUGCCGCAGAAGUCCGUACAACGUGGUAGCGACCAGUCGACUACACCUGCUGAUGAUCAAGUCAGCUGCUUUCGCUAAUAUUACUAAAGACUUCCCAGUUGUAAGGGAACUCAUGGAAAAAUCUAGGGUGGUUGAGAAACAUAAUAAAAUUGAAAAGAGGAUGUACAUCCUAGGCGGCGAGGCUACGAUCAAAAUGAAGCGACAUUUGCAGUCGAGUCCACCGCCGCGGACGAAGACUAGGACCUUCCUCAAGUACAUCUACUUCCAAGAGGGCGCUGUAUUGUUCUACUUAAUCUUCAUCUGUAUGGGAUGCAUCUAUUUGGACUUGUACAACGCUGGAUAUGAGGUCAGAAUCAACACAAUUUUAAUUCAUUCUUUUAAAAAUUACAUUUAA